CCAUCUCCAUGGAGCCUCAGCUGGAAUUAUAAUUAAAAAUAUAAACAAAACAAAUAAUUCUUAGAGGAAAAUGAGUGACGGAGAAUCUGAUAUAUCUCUUAGUGAUGAAGAAAACGAUAUUCAGGAUUUAGAACAGUUGAAUGCCGUUCUAAGCGAAGACGAUGAUUGUCCAAGCACUUCGGUUUCCCAGUAUUCUGCAACAAGAAGUUUAUUUUCCGUUGAUCAAUCUGAACAGACAUCAAAAAUCGAUGCCGCAAUAGCUUUGAACAAUAUGUACGACGAGAAACUACGACGUCUCGAAUCGAUACUUAAUGACCGACUUAGGGAGUGCCGGGAAAGAUUAAAAGACAUCCAGUACUCGACGGAUGAUGCAGAAAACAAAGCAGAAGUCUUUUACUAUGUCAGCUGCGGUAGACCGUACUUUAAGGACUCAACAAACUUUCCAGCCCCAGAUAAUGAUGAUACAAUCCUUAUGAACAGAUCCAAAAUGUACGACUUCUCAACUGUAUCUUCGGUUAUCAGCUGGACCGUAAAAGAUAAGAGUUAUUUUUUGAACUUGCUCCUUAAAAUGUCUAAGGAAAUACGUAAGAAAGAGUUACAAUCGAGCAUAUCUGAUUUAAAUCGCCAGUUGAAGAGUAGCCCUAAGAAAAAAGACAUACAAAAGAAAAUAAGCAGCCUCAACUUACAAAUAACUAAAGUAAACGACAUGUCUCUCAAAGAAUUAGCUCUGCCAAUUGACAAAGAUUAUGAUUGGUUAGCCAUUGCUAAUAUGUUAAAAAACAGACACACAGCAGGUGAAUAUCAGUCCCUCUGGCAAUUAUUCCUCCAUCCCUCCAUUAACAAGAAACCUUGGAGUAAAGCUGAGCAUACUGCUCUACAGAGGAUUUGUUAUGAAGAAAACUUGCAGGACUGGGAUAAAAUAGCAAAAAGAUUAAAUACAGGGCGUACAAACUAUCAGUGCUUUGUUUACUUCAGGACAAAUAUGAGUAACACAUUCACUGGCAGAAAAUGGAGCCCCGAGGAAGUUGAGUAUCUCAAAAGACUAAUUGAUUAUUACAAGGAGGAUAAUUACAUUCCAUGGGGAAAAGUGGCGACAUCAAUGGAGAACAGGACUAAGAUACAAAUAUACAACAAGUAUCUAAGCCUAUGCCAGCAGAGAAAAGGCAGAUUUUUACCUGAAGAAGAUGCAGUUAUACUGACAUGCGCAGAAAACUUUGGACCUGAUUACCAAAAAAUGACUCAAUAUCUUCCAGGACGUACCACUAAUCAAUGCAGAAUGAGGUAUCAGGUUUUAAGAAAGACCAGAAUAUCAAAAGUGUGGACAAUAGAUGAAGACAAACGUCUUAUACAACUGAUGGCCAAUCAAGAUUCAGCUAUAAAUUUUUCAAGUAUCACCAAAUACUUCCCCGGUAAAGACAGAAUUAACAUAAGAAGCAGAUACUUAACAUUAACAAAUUGGAUGAAACGUUACCCUAAUAUAGAUGUUUCUAAAGCACCGAGACGAGGUGCCCGUAGAUUGGGGCACGGUUCACAAGCCGAUAAUUUGAACAAAGCAAUAGAGGAGCUAAAAAAUCGCAUACAGACGGAGGUGAAUGAUGUCAAAAAUAAAAAAGUUAGCCCAGAAUCUCCACACGAGGUUUUAGAUGAUGCGAUAGUAGCAUAUCUAGCAACCGAGCAUGUGAACAUAGAGGAGGCCAGGAAAUUGGAGGAGUUCAGAAAACUAGACGAGAAAACAUUGCAAGGCAAUUGUAAAACUCUGCAAACUAGGAGCAAUGUCAAAUCAAAUUUAAGAGACCUUAGAGCAAUACUGACACUACUUAGAGUUAAGCUGAACAAAGAAAGAUACAAGAGAAGUGUACCCAAAAGAUAUAGGGGACUACUGGAGCCUGAUCCAAAUCUUAUUGUGUCUCAAGUAAAAUCCUAUUCUAAGAAAAAUCCUGAGGUGAAUGUUCCUGUUGAUGACUUACCCGACAUUUGGGGUACUCAGAGAUUGGGUCCUCUGGAGUAUGUGCUUCCUGCAAAUUAUUCCACUCUUACGGGUUGUAAGAAGCUACUAUCGUACAUAUCUGAUAAGCCCUCAAAUGAUAAUAUUGUGAAUAUUAAGAUUUUGUCAAGAAAAAAUCUCUUUUUGAAAGAACAAAUGUUUCUACUCAUGGAAAGGUUUAAUGUUCUCUUUUUGUGGCCAAUGCUUUUAUCCAAUGCUCCUCCUGAUCGAGCUCUUACAGAGCAAACCAGUAAUGAAGAUGAAGAAGAAUAAUUUUGAACUGAAUUUGAGUACUGUUAUGAUAUAAACUACUAAUUUUUUAAGUUGAAAUAGAUUACAGAACAUAACACACAUAUUGUCUAAAGUGUUUAUUAUAAUUAAGGUUAUUAUAAUAUAACUACAUUC